UGAAAGCAAGUCGUAAAAAGCUGGUUUUUCGUAUCAAGGAACCGGAUCGCGCGGCCGAUUUUUCGCGGGCGAGAGCUUUUCCUGCUGCAAGUAUAUUUUCUCGGGGAGUUGGAUUUUUCCCAGCACCGAACUGGAACUGGGUGUUCGCCGCUCGGGUGUGUUGUUUAAAGUUGGUACCGAAGUUGGAAAAAGGGUAUUUGACUGCUUGCGAGGAUAAAGGCUUUUGGGAUCGUCCCAGCCGGACAUGAAUUGGCAAAUUAUGUGAAACAUCCUUUCCGGUAUCGUUAUCAGUGUUCGCUGCCCAUGGGCGGUCCAGACCUGGCCCAAUAAAGAUCAACCGUUAUCGAUUCAAGGGACUCCUUCCGGUGCAAGUGGCUCCGAUUUUCGAUAGCCCAAGAGAAGAGGUUGUUACAUCAGUCGGGACAGCAGCAUCCUUCUCGCCGUGUUGUUCCGCUGAACUUCGCGAGUCGUGUUGUUGUUGUUGCUGUUGCUGUUGCUGGCCGUGCGAGUCGUUUCGGUAGUGUGGCUCAUAUUAUGUUACUUGGAGUGGUGUGAGUGCGAUGCUAAGCAGAGUAGCGUAAACCUGCUUGUGAAGGGUUUUUGGGUCGCUCGGAAGUGAAGAAGGUGUUGGAGGAAAACAUUUCUUUGAUUUAUUCCUCGCAAAUUGCGAUUUCAUAAGCAAAAGUGGGUGUUUUAAGCAAAACAUAUAAACACGAAACAAAUCUAAAAAAAAACAAAAAGAAAAACUUCACAUAAAUUCAGGCGCCUGAUGUAAUAACACAAUCGGAGAGAAAUAGGCGAAACAAGAUGAAAAUAUAUGCCCUUGCAAGCAAAUGAAAAAAAAGGAAUCGUGAAAACGGUGCUGGUUAUAGGGCUCGCGAAACUCGCCAAAAAAAAGGAACACAAUCCCCCCGGAACAAGGCAAGGAGGGUCGAUUUAGCUCGAUGAUUUAUUGGAACAAGUGUUUGUGCGAAUGAAUUAUUUGUAAGCCCACCCAGCUGUCGUUGUUACCGUUGUUGUUGUUGUUGGUGUUGUUCUUGUUGAUGCUAAUUCCGCGAAGGAAAUCGGUGUAUGUUCCCGAAAUUCUUUUCUCCCGACUGGGUGGAGCAUUUGGCCAAAAAAAAAAUCAAACCAAAUUAAAUUGAGAUUAAGAUUCGGCCCCCAAAAUUUGAAGUGAUCCAAAUCCAACGUAUAUAUCGUGAGGGAGAAGAAAUCAAAUUCCAAACAUAAACAAAAGCGAAGAAAAGCGCUGGAAGCUGUCAGACGACGACGACGACACACAGAAACGGAACGGUCAGUUCUUCGUAGUAUCGUUUCGAGUCGUGUCUCGGGUCGGGUGGAGCGAGGUGGAUAAGAAGAAUCUCGAUGCCACACGCACGACCUCCUCGGUGAAGAUCUAUGUAGCGUCAGCCCAUCAUCAACAUCAUCUGCUGUUUGGCUGUUGCUGUGGAGGCCCUGGCCCUGGUGCUGGGUAACACGAGCCCUGCUUUCGAUCAAAUUUUCGGAGCGAGUAUUUUGACAGCUGACAGACGCGGAUAAAUUUCGUGCUGAAGUGAGGUUAGUUCAUCCACCAACUGCGGAGCUGAGAACGGUAGAAGUGUAACACGUGCGCGCCAGGUGCUGAGCUAGUGGAAAAUUGUUUUCCUACAUCACGUUGGAGGAUACACGUGACGAGAGCCAGCCCAGGCUCCGAGCCAAAGACAAUUGCGAUUCGGUUUAAAGUGUAGUCCUUCCAAGGACGACGACAACAACUUGAAACGCCUAAACAGGAUCUGUGGAAAGUUGAAAGGCGGAGGUGUUCUGUUUUGCCAUUCGAGUGAAUAGGAAUGAAAAGUAAAACAAGAUGAAGCUGCACCAUCAGCGCAAGACUUGAAGAGUGCCCUCGUAGAAGUUGAUGUUGUUGUUCCACGAGUGGUGAAGUAUUCCCGCUGAAAUUAAAAGAAGAAACCUUGAGGCAAAGGUGUUCCAUUUUCAUUUUUUUUGGGUUGAAAAUUGUACAACCCAGCAGUGAAGCGCCAGAGUGUUUGGGUUGAGGUCGACUCGUUGGCAGCCAAAUGGCGAGUGUGAUUUAUUCCCUAGUGGUGGUGAGUGUGUGCUUGGUCAGCAGUGCCCUCGGGGCCCAUUGGAAUCAUUCGGUGUAUCUGGACGAUGACUACCGAUUGCUGUGGAGCAUAUCGGGGUCCGACAUAACGUUCGAGGUCCAAGCCCGCACGCACGGCUACAUCGGGCUGGGCUUCUCCAAGGAUGGCACCAUCUACGGGUCGGACAUCGUCAUCGGUUGGGUUCACCAAGGACAAGUUCAUUUCCAGGAUCGACACGUGAAAAAGAACGGCGAUGGUCAACCGCUAGUGGACUCGUCCCAGGACUACAUCCUGCUGCUCGGCUACGAGAACCAAACGCACACGGUGCUGCGAUUCAGGCGGAAGUUGGACACCUGUGACGUGGCGCACGAUGUGCCGAUAACGAACGAUACCAUGCGCGUGAUCUUCAUGUACCACGACGAGGAACCACACGGGUCCAAGUACACGCCCGGUAGCUUGCCAGAUCCGGCGGAAGCCUUCAAGCAGGUUCGGUCGCUCUUCCUGACGCAACGGGUGAACCAGUCGCCAAUCAAGCUCGACGCGCGGAUGAAGAUCAUGGAGCUACGCAAUCAGGACGUGGAGCUGCCCCAGUACACCGACUCCCUGCACUGGUGCAAAAUGUUCAAGCUGAGCGAUAUCAAUCGCAAACAUCAUCUGAUUAGGUACGAACCGGUGUUUGAUUCGGCCUCGAGCGUGCCCUACCUGAAUCACGUCAUCCUGCACGAGUGUCAGGGCUCGUCCCCGGAUUUGGAGAUUUUAUCCCGCGAGACUGGCCGCGCUUGCUACCAGACGAACCGAUCGAUACUGACCUGCAAUUCGAUUGUCGCCGCGUGGACCCGCGGUUCGGAGGGUUUCUCCUUCCCGAGCGAAGCCGGAUACCCGUUGGACUCGAAUCAGGCCCGUUUCUAUCUGAUGGAGACGCACUACAGCAGCCGCUUGGAUAUUAACGAGCACCCCUCAGCGAAAUCCAAGGUGAUGGUCGACAGUUCGGGGCUGAAGAUCUACUACACCAGUGCGCUGCGGAGUCACGAUGCCGGGGUGCUGUCCGUGGGAAUGGAUCCCAACUGGAGGCACAUAAUUCCACCCGGCCAGGGGCAUGUUGUGUCCGAGGGACACUGCGUGGGGGAAUGCACGCGGAAAGCGUUUCCAAGGGAUGGAAUAAACGUGUUUGCCGUUAUGAUGAAAACGCACCAGAUAGGACGGCAGAUUAAGCUGAGGCAGAUCCGGUACCGGGAGGAACUGCUUCCGAUUGCUCACGAUAUGAAUAUGGAUUACAACUAUCAGGAGUACAGGAGACUGGACUCACCGGUAAGGGUCCUGCCUGGGGAUCGACUGAUAGCGGAAUGUAUAUAUGAUAGCUCCAAGCGGUCGGCGAUUACCCUCGGUGGGUUGACAACCCGGGAGGAGACCUGUUUGGUACUAACUCUGUACUACCCGAGGCAAAAAGAACUAACCACGUGCCACUCGUUGCCAAGUUUACCCACGGUACUUCACUCGCUGGGAAUCAACGAACUGGUUCCUGGCUCCAAUCCAGUGCGAAUUGUAUCCCCGACGGAACUCGCUGGUAUGACGCUGGAGACGCGUCUCAUCUCGUACGACUGGGAGAACAACUUCAAAAGUUUCCAGUACGUAACGCGGAAAGGAUCCUUCAAACCGCUCUGCUGGAGUGCGAAAAAUCAGCCACUCCCGGUUUCGGAAAAUCUCGACGGCUACUCGCCGAACAUCACCAAGUCCUACAAGCUGCAGCAGACGUGCAGUUUCCUUCGUCCACCGACCGGCGUCGGUCCGAACGUGGCCAACGUGUCCUUCCAGAAUCGCAACCACUACGUAACGGAGUCGGAAACGAAUGUCGAUCAUCCGUUCGCCAACGAAAAAUUCCCCCUUGUGAACGGCGGCGGCAGUAGCGGCGACGACGGUGACGGUAUCGGCGAUGACGACGACGACGACUCCGUCGAUCUGGACGGCAACAACGUGAUAGAAGGAGCCGCCCGGAGUAAAGUUUCUCGCAGCUCCGUCACCGAACUGAUGGGACUGAGUGGCGCUUCGCUACCGCCGACUUCGCUGCUGCAGUCGCAGAUGAUGGCGUAUCUGCUGUUUAUCAUCUUCCUGAACUCGUUCCGGAUAGCGUUGGAACGGAUUGUUUUGUAAGACCGAGUUACGACUUUUUUCAGUGUAACCUUUCACUUGUUUUUUUUCCUGCGUAUCUUCACGGGCGAAAGAGAGGAGGGACAAGUUUAGAACCAUUUAACAAUAAGUAGGCAACAAAUUGCACAGACACCCACACACAGAAUGAUAAGAAAUGACUGUAGCAGAGACUGACGAACGAAAGUUCCGAUGGCGAUUGCCGAUACGAGGAAGGGCAAAAACCGUGUAAAUAGAUCAGAGGAAAGUUGAAAGGAAGCGAAACUUAUUUUUGAAAUGGAGAAAAUUUCCUCGAAACUUCCCUUUUUUUUCGAUUGUUUCCUUUUUCCGUUUUAAAGCCAUGUCCAUAAACUUGGAAGAUAAGCGAGAACGAGGAUCCGGAAUCAGUCACCGGUGGUGGCGGCGAGGGCUUUCUCAAUCUAGUAAACUUUAAUGAAGAUACUUUUAUAAAACGACGAAAGUUAAGUCGAGAGCCGGACUCGGAAACGUGAAAAGUGUUUUGUAAAUAGCAGUAAUUGUCAACUGUAACCUGAGAGAGGAAGCUGUUUGUAAAUAGUGUUUUUGUACCAACUGAACUUGAGCCGAACGGGGGUUGGGAUGAGGGUAAGAGUAGCCUCUUGCCCGGGGCAAAACUUUAGCGUAGCAAGAAGCAACCAACACGAAAGUAGCGAAAGUAAUUUUUAAGUGUCGUGAACAAGAAAACUAAAAACUUGUUAAAUAAGGAGAUGGCAGAAGAGAAGUGAAGCUGUACCGUACUUCUAGUCAGUAAUCGGAGACGUAUUAAAACUCUUGAUUUUGUUGAACCAUUUCUUGUUUUUUAGUUCCAGCUGUUUUUCUCUCUAUAAAUACUGUUUCCUCUGAAGGCGUCCGCUUCCGGACGCCAUAGGUUUCCACCCCUUAGCCGCUUUGUUGAACCGAAAUUUCGCAUGUUGAUUAGGGAAAGUAAGAUAGCAAGCAUGAAAAAAUAAAUAAAAACAAACCUGAAAGCAGCAGGAGUCCUUCACACCCGAGGCAAUGGCAUCGAGAAACGACAAGUUACCAUCGCACCUUCCCCAAAAUAGAAACACAGUUUACCAAGUGACUCAAAAACAAAAACGCGCGAGACAAUCAUAACCUUUAACCGAGAAAAGAGCAGGAAGUACCGGGACAAAACAAAAACAAGAGAAUUAUUUAUACCGGACAUGUGAGCCAGAAGGGAAGCAAGCGGAAAACCUAGAACGCGAAUCUCGAAUUUAUGAAGAAAAUGAGAAAAGUUUUAUGGAAGCAAGGCAAAGCGGCAAAUGGAAUCGGUGUGGUGUCAGCACUUUUCGUUAUCGAGGAUGGGGGAAAACAAAAAUUCCAUGACAGUGCUUUACUUCGCCCGGCUCAGAGAGCGAGCGAGAGGUGAAAGAGAUGUAGUACCCUCAUAAUUUGUUGGUGAGCUCUCUUCCGGCAAAAGAAAAAAAAAAAACGGGAGCCCAUCGCACAGUGGGGCGAUUCCAUACAAAAACCGUUAUGAAAUGGUUCGUUCAAAAUCUUAACCAGCUUUCAAAUUACUUUUCAAGUAAUUUGAUGCUACUGAAUC